GUGUGGCUCAGCCGAUGAUUGUCACCCCUGUAACUCCAGGGGCCUGGUUCAGUCCCCAGUUUCCUGGGAUUCCCCUGGGGGGAGGAAGACCUACCUACAGGCUGCUUUUGCAGCACCUCAUGUGGGCUAACAGACUUUGCGGAAUGGCUGCCAGCCUGUGCUCAGGGGCUUGGCCGAGGGCAGAGGAGAAAUGAAGAGAUUAACUCAGCAAAUACUGCUGUGCCACACUUAGUGAAGGGCCCAGGAGAGGCCUGGACAGCCUGGACAGCCUUGUAUCUCCUCUGCUGUCUUGGGGACAGUUGAGGCAUCAGUUUGCUCAGUGAGCUAUUGUGGAGGCUCCCUUGGCGGGGACAGAGCAGUAGCCAGCUGGUGGCACUGGGUUGCCCCACAGUGCAGAGCUGGGGAGCUGGAAACUGCCUGGUGUGUUGGCCUCAAGUGGGCAACUUGAGGGACUCUGGGGCCGCAGGGGGCACAGCCUUCAUCCUCAGCACCUGAAACAGGGGAUGUAGUCCCCCACAGACACCCCUAAUGGGCCACCACAGUUGGGGACCACGGGGCUUCGGCAGUGUGUGGGAUCUGUGUUGCCACCUCAGCCGGCAGCAAUGACCUGUAGUGCAAAAGGAAAAGCUGUGAGUGGGGGACUGCGCUCCCCUCGCUUGGGCUUUGAGCAGAGGAAGAUGCUGAAGACUGCAAAGUGUUUGGCGGGUUUGCUGCUGGGGACAGGCAGGGUGGCUCCUCUGUGACCUCACCGUGGAGCUGGUGUCGGGGUGCGCCAUGCCGUGCUGGCUCCUGUUGCUUGCCCUGCUGCUGGGGCCUGCCCUCUCACGGCCCUUGCAACAGAGGGCCAGCUACUCCAUCCCUGAGGACUUCUCUGCUCCCCUUGAGCUUCCGCAGGAACACUUUGGCCUGGUGGAUGAUUACGGCAUCAAACCCAAGCAGCCUCGCCUCAGGACGCAUGUGGCCCAGAAGCAGCCGGCAGGGCUGCGCAGAGCUGGCAAAAGCAAGCGUGACGAGCUUGAUCUGCUGGAGUACUACGACGAUGCCCACCUGUGAGCUAGCGUGCCCCUGUGCCCACUGCAGCCCAGCAGAGGGGACACCCCUGCCUGCCCUCUGCUGCUGCAGGACAGUAGCACGGAUACAAGAGGGACAGGGGGGCAGAGGCAGGGGUGAG